CUGUCCUCCGAAAUCUUGCCUUACUGAGAAGAGGCAUGCUUACAGAUAUACUCAUUGUCUUAGUGAACCCGCCCACCCCGGACGUGAUUGCGUCUCAGAGCGGCGAGGGGACAUCACGUGACGGUGUAUCAAAUAUCCUUAAGAAAGUAACUUCAGGCUCGCCCACGCAGAUGUCACAGUGUAUGGAGGUCGAGGGCAAGCGCGUGGGCCGGGGCAUGGCAGGCCCACCACUUCCCUCGCCGGCCCGCGCCAGCCACUGUACCCGCAACCUGCGUGCCGGGAGGACCGCGCCGUGUCUCUCCGUGCCCACCCGAGUAUCUUGUUCGCUCCUUUGCGCUCCGGUAGCAUCGCCGUCAUGAGGAGGUCAGCGAAUCUCCUCUUCCUGGCGGCUCUCGUGGCUGUCUCCGCCGCCGCUUCGUAUGACAGAGGGCAUGAAGGUCCACGUGCCCGCUGGAGGCUAGGGCGAUUCCCAGGUCACCCACGUCAUCUCCGCGCCCACGCCAAGGACGCCUGUACCGCACUGACGUCCUCUGCGCGUGCUGCGGUGCGCGAGGACACGCUCUUCUUCAGUUUCAUGGGGGUGAGGCCCCCCAGGAGGACAGGCAGCCAGCAGGUCCUCCUCUCCCUCGCCUUCCCAGGACACAGUCGUUUCUCAUUGGCCCUCGACCGUGUGCUGGGCCAGGUGACGCUAAACGCUAUAACCAACGGGGUGAAGGAAACCCAGCGGCUGGCGGCGCCGGCGGUGGCGGGCCAUACGGCGUUGAGCUCCCUGCUGCUGGUGGUGGACCAGGCGGAGAAGCGUGCCAGCGUUUACGUCAACUGUCGCCUGCAGGGCUCCGUCAGCCUGCCGUGGACUCCGAGGGAGAUGGCGAACAGUGGCGACGAGGACCUGCGAGCGUACCAUGACCGACACGUGGAGGUCACCCUGGACUGGCAGGCGUCACUGCUGGAGCUGCUGCAGAAGAUGGGAUGCCCUGACAACGAUGGAGGCGAGCGUGAUCCCAACCCCGUGCAAGCCCAAGCCAACGAGGUGUACACUUACCGCAGAGCGGUGAGGUGUCAGAACCUCCAGUACGGGGAACCUUGUCCCACUUUCACGCAGCCCAUCGCCCCUCCCGACCGAGGAGACAUCCCCAUCCUGCACGAUGACGAGAGCAACACCAAGCUGAUCAAGACCAUCGCCGAGCUGAUUGAGACCAUCAAGGAGCUGCAGACGGAGAUCCAGACACAGAGGGAGGAGACCGCUCUGCUGCGCGACGCUCUGCUCAACUGCGAGGCCUGCAAACCGGACACGAACCCCUGCUCGCCUAACCCUUGCUACCCUGGCGUGGACUGUUACCGGGGCCCUGAGGGCGCGCGAUGUGGGGCGUGUCCCAGGAACUACGUGGGCGACGGCUACACCUGCGUGCCGGGCACCACCUGCGACGACCAGCCCUGCGCUCCGGGUGUGCGGUGCAUGGACACGGUUGACGGGUACCGGUGCGGCCCGUGCCCCAUCGGCCAGACCGGGGACGGCCGCACUUGCUCGUACAUCAACGCGUGCGAACCCAACCCCUGCUACCCCGGCGUGCGUUGCAGCGGCAUCAGCAGCGAGCCCUACUACCGCUGCGGCCAGUGUCCCGGCGGUCUGACGGGCGACGGGGAGAAGUGUGACGACAUCGACGAGUGUGACUUGGCCUUUCCCUGUGACCCGCGGGUGAGGUGUACCAACUUAUCUCCAGGGUUCAGGUGCGAGUCAUGUCCGCCAGGCUUUACGGGGUCUGUGGGUCUGCAGGGCAUCGGCAUCGAGUUCGCUCGCCUGAAUCAACAACGGUGUUAUGACAUCGACGAGUGUAACGACGGCAGGAACGGCGGCUGUGUGGACAACUCCCAGUGUGUGAACACCGAGGGCUCGUAUUACUGCGGGCAGUGCCGGGCAGGCUUCGUGGGCAACCAGACAUCGGGCUGCAGAAACGGGACUGGUCUCUGUCCUGACGGGAAGCAAUGUGAUGUAAAUGCCGAAUGUGUGAAGCCUUUCGGCCUGGACAGGUACAUUUGCAAGUGCAAGGUUGGGUGGGCCGGUGACGGCCAGACUUGCGGCCCUGACCGUGAUCUGGACGGCUGGCCGGACUACGACUUAGGCUGCAGCGACAGGCGGUGCCGGCAGGACAACUGCGUCAUCACCCCCAACUCCGGCCAAGAGGACUCCGACAACGACAACAUGGGCGACGCUUGCGACGACGAUGCCGACAACGACGCCAUCCGCAACAGUCCGGACAACUGCCCGCUGGUGUCUAAUCCUGACCAAUCUGACACCGACUCCGAUGGUGCCGACAAGCAGGGCGAUGCGUGUGACAACUGCCCGACCAUCCCCAACGUGGACCAGAAGGACAACGACAAGGACGGGAUAGGAGACGCCUGUGACCCCGACAUUGAUAAUGAUGGCAUCCUCAACAGGAAGGACAACUGCCCUCACACACCCAACUCCGACCAGGUGGACACUGAUCGGGACGGUUUGGGCGACGCCUGUGACAACUGUCCGAAGGUUAGGAACCCCCUGCAGGAGGACAGUGACAAGGAUCUGGUGGGCGACGUCUGUGAUACCAACGAUGACUAUGACAAGGACGGCAUCAACGAUAACCAGGACAACUGCCCUGAGACGAUCAACAGCGACCAGCACGACGCCGACAAUGAUGGGAUCGGCGACGAGUGUGACCCGGACGCGGACAACGACGGCAUCCCCAACGAGAUAGACAACUGCCAUCUCGUCUACAACCCGGACCAGACUGACUCCGACGGCAACGGGCAGGGCGACGCGUGUGAUGGUGACACCGAUGAUGACAGAGUGGAGGAUUACCUCGACAACUGUCCCAACAACUCCAAGAUUUACGCAACGGACUUCAGGACUUACCAGACAGUGGUGUUGGAUCCCGAGGGAGACUCCCAGAUCGAUCCCAACUGGGUCAUCUACAACAAGGGCGCCGAGAUUGUGCAGACCAUGAACUCCGACCCUGGCCUGGCUGUGGGCUUCCAUAGUUUUGGUGGCGUGGACUUCGAGGGAACCUUCUUCGUCGACACUGAGAUCGACGACGACUACGUAGGGUUCAUUUUCAGUUACCAGGACAACGCUCGCUUCUAUACCGUCAUGUGGAAGAAGAACACCCAAACCUACUGGCAAGCGACUCCCUUCCGUGCCGUGGCAGAGCCGGGGAUUCAACUCAAGCUGGUCAACUCCUCCACCGGGCCGGGCCAGAUGAUGAGGAAUUCGCUGUGGCACACUGGCGACACUGAGAACCAGGUCAAGCUUCUGUGGAAAGACCCGCGCAACGUUGGCUGGAAGGAGAAGACUGCCUACCGCUGGCUGCUGCUGCACCGCCCCAAGAUUGGCUUCAUCCGCCUCCGCGUCUUCGAGGGCGAGAACAUGGUGGCUGACUCCGGCAACAUCUUUGACGACCAUCUCAAGGGCGGUCGCCUAGGGGUCUUCUGCUUCUCUCAAGAAAUGAUCAUUUGGUCCGACCUCGUGUACCGCUGCAAUGACCACUUGCCUGAGGCCAUCUACAACCAACUGCCUCCCGAGAAACAGCGCUUGGUGUACAUCGACGUGAGCCGCCCCGUGCCCAAUGGCUUGUAGGAUGCCGCCGGGGUCACGCUGCCCGCCCCGAGACACCCACAUCGGAAACCUUCUUAAAGUUUGAAUGUUUCCUGGUACUUUAUGUUCAUUGUAUUGUACUUUCUUUGGAACGCAAUGGUAUAUAUUAACAUAAAUGUAUGUUCGGAUGUUUUGAAUGUACAAAGUGUAGGGUCACUCGAAAACUUAGUGAUCGAGACGAGCCAGUGUGCCGAACUUAGCCCUGACUCUGGGAAGGUUACUUCUUCAUAAAUGGUGUUUAGAUUUAAAGAACUAAAAUUUUCGAGGUUGGUAGAAUUCGACGGGCCUAAAAAAAAAAAAAAAAAGGAUUAGCCAAGAUGGUGCUGUACUAAGCAGGUACUGAGGGGAGCUACCUCAGAUGACUCUUUGGUGUUACGUAGACUAGACAUCGAGUUGGCGAUGACCAGUGCUGAGGGAGGCACACUGCUCCGUGACAGAAGGAUUUCUUAACGAUGGUUUCUAAUAAAGCCAUGGGCAAGGCAGGGCAGGGCAGGACAGGACAGGGAGGCGAGCCGGCAUACAUCUCUGCCGUCCGCUCGCCGUGUUGCCACAAGUCACCACGACGAGUGGCGCCACGGCGGUUCUGGUGGGGCUUGUUCGGUGAAAGUCCCUGUAGGCAUCAGUACAGAUCUUGGCUCAGUCCUGCUAUGAUACUAAACUCUAGCACGUGACUUAUAAGUUACUUGUAAGAUGACUUAUUGACUUACACUUUAUUCCUUUAUUUAUAUUUAUUUGUGCAUUCAUUGUUUUCGGCUUCAACCAAUGAUUAGUUUCUAAGUGUGACACCAAAGCUCUGAUGUCACAGUCUGCUCAGUGGCGGCAUCGCAGGGACUCCUCUCCUGCCAGACGCGACCACCAUCAAUUGUUAUUCCUGCGUCUUUGUGCCGAUACCUACUCGAGCUGAAAUUCUUUAAUGUAGAUCUCGUGGCAAGAGCAUCAUGCAACUCAUUUGUGAUUUCAAAAACUUGACUAGAUAGACUGGAACGAACAGUCUCACUGAUCAUAUUAUUAUUGUUAUAUUUAUAUCUUUAUUAUCAUUAUUACUCUUAUAAUACUAUUAACGUUAAACAUUUUUCCCACAAUCAAGGCAAGCAAGAUAUGAAGUUAUCAGGAACUCUUGGUGACUACCUUUGUACAUACUGAUUUCCCUCCAGAGUAAAUAGGAUAAGCAAUACUGUGUUGGGUGUUGGGUGGUGAGCGCCUCCUGGCCGCAGGCAAGCCCCUGCUUCUGGCCUCAAGGAUAAGGUUUGCAGUGUUCAGUGUUCAAAAGAAAGGUUUUCCAGGCUAAUGUUUGCAUAAUUUACUGGCAAAAGUAAUGAGUGUAUAAUACAGCGCGAGUUCCCGCUGUUUUAGAAUAAUCAUUAGUCGUAAUUAGUAUUGGUAAUCAUGAAAGAUAUUAAACUAUUUUCUUUUUAGAUUAGUUUAUGUGUAAGUAACGUUUCUUUAUAUAUUUAUGUUGGGUGCACGCCUCUGUACAGUGACAGGCUGCCGGUGCUUGGGAUGAGAGCGCCCUCGAUGAGAGCGCUUUCUUCUGACAACAACAGAUUACAAUACUCAUUUUUGUAUGAAAGCAGCAAUAGUAAGCAAUAUUAGGAACACCAACAAAGCGUUGUUAUAUAUUAAGCCUAACGUCUACUAAAAUCGCUGGCCACACCAGGCACACCACGCUAGCUGGCAUCACGCUGUUCUCAUUCUGCAGUAGACUGUCGUUUACCGCAAGUCCAUUUCCAUUUUCAAAGCGAAUCAAUAAAAACUAAAAAAAGAAA